UUUUGUGUGCUUUUGCGAUUUGCGUAAAUUGUUUGUUUUUGUUUUAUUUUGUGGCUAAAAAUAGAGAUUCGAUGCCGCAAAAUAUUCAAAAAGCAUUCGAAACGAAACAAUAUUUUUGAUCUUCAGGUGUGCGCUCAUUUUCAGUCGUCAGCGAGACGGGCCCCCAGGCGAAAGUCGAAAUGGCCAGCAGUUCAUCCAAAAUCGCAUCCGCGUCCUUGCCAAAAUCCAAAACCGUAAAGAAUCCGGCUCCGCAAAUAAAGAGGGGUCAGCGGAUUCUCACGGAGAAGCCCUUUGCUUUCGUAUUGAAGUCCCAGUAUCGUCGCGAGCGGUGCGACAAUUGCCUGGAGGCGACCAAGGUGCUCAAGUGCUCCAACUGCCGGUAUGUGUCCUACUGCCAUCGCUCCUGCCAGAUGCAAGCUUGGGCCCAGCACAAGCACGAGUGUCCCUUCCUGAAGAAGGUGCAUCCCCGGAUUGUGCCCGAUGCCGCCCGAAUGCUCUGCCGUUUGAUCCUUCGCUUGGAGCAUGGAGGCGAUCUAAUACGAGGCUAUUACACCGAGCAUGGUUCCCGCAAGUUUCGUGAUCUCAUGUCCCACUACGCCGAAAUCAAGAACGAUCCCAUGCGACUGGAACACUUGGACUCUCUGCAUGCAGUACUCAGCGAUAUGAUGGCCGACAGUCCCAGCACGGUGCCAAACAAGACGGAACUGAUGAGCAUUUACGGUCGUCUCAUCACCAAUGGCUUCAAUAUUUUGGACGCCGAGAUGAACUCGAUUGCCACGGCCAUAUAUUUGGGCGUCUCGAUUACGGACCACAGCUGCCAGCCAAAUGCGGUGGCCACCUUCGAGGGCAACGAGCUGCACAUCCAUGCGAUUGAGGAUAUGGAGUGCCUGGACUGGUCAAAGAUCUUCAUCAGCUACAUCGAUCUGCUCAAUACGCCGGAACAGAGGCGUCUGGACCUUAAGGAGCACUACUAUUUCCUUUGCGUGUGCACCAAGUGCACGGAUGCCAAGGAGUCAAAGGAAAUGCUGGCUGCCCUUUGUCCCAAUCGCAACUGUGGCGUGGGCAUCAGUGUGGAUCGCACGAAUUGCCCGCGUUGCGACGCAGGGAUCAGUCCCAAGCUGAGGAAUGCCUUCAACGAGGCAAUGACCUUGACCCAGCACAAUCUGCCGAACAUGAAGGACGUGGCCUAUCUCGAUGUGUGCAAGGUGUGCCUGGAUAAACAGACUGGCGUGCUCCAUCCAUUGAACGUUUGGUAUGUGAAGACCUUGGACGCGGCAUUUGAGGCAGCCAUUGAAGUGGGCAAAUGGACCGACGCCUUGGAUUACGGGCAACGCUUGUUGCCAGGAUUCCGGAAGUACCACGGCCCUUGGAAUCCGCUGCUUGGCCUGCUUCAUAUGAAGCUUGGCAAGAUCCAGCUGUACGAGGGUCAUGCCAAGGAGGCACUGCACCAUUUGGAGGAGGCCCAGCGCAUUCUCACCGUCACCCAUGGCCGGGAUCAUAGACUACUUACCGAGCAGUUGUAUUUGCUCAUUCUCCAAGCCCGACAAGAGGCACACUAAUGGGUUAUUCAAUGUUUUUAUUAAUUUAAAUAAAACUUAAGAUAGAAAA